ACUUAAAUUGAAAAAGGGUGAAAUCAGAGGAUCUAUGAACAAAAAUGGCGUUAAAGUUAUGAAAUGGGUUGACAAAAGGCAACUUACGAUGCUAUCUACUCUCAAAGAGGACAAAGAUGAGCUUGUCAAUACAGGCAGAAAAAAUAGGAAGACAUACGAAGAUAUAAAAAAGCCUACAUGUGUCUUAACAUAUAAUAACAAAAAAAAAGGUGUUGACUUCAUCGACCAAAUGUCUGCAUAUUAUUUUACAUUAAAAAGAGGGCUCAAAUGGUUCAGAAAAGUGGGUAUGGAAUAUUUGUUUGGCAUGGCGUUGGUAAACGCUUGGAUUAUAUACAACAUGAAAAAUGAGAAGAAGGUUUCAAAGAAAGAAUUUACAGAAGCAUUAAUACAAUCAAUUACUGGAAAAAAUAUAUGCCCUGAUAGAAAUCAAGUAACACCUACAGCCGAUCAUAUCCUUGAGAUGAGCGGUAAACGGCGAAAUUGUGUAGGGUGCUAUGAAAAACUGCGGGAAACCAUGAAGAGUUCCGAGGUGAAAAGGAAAGUAAAAAAAAUUAAAACAUACUGCAGAAUGUGCAAGCAAAAUCUUUGUGCGAAAUGUUUUAAAGACAGCCAUUAAUAAAUAAUUAAAUAAACAAUUUUUAUUUCUUUACUUUAA